UGUACGCAUGCGUGAAGAAUCGCCCUUUCACCAUGUGUGGGCGGACCGCGUCAACCUUACCUUCAAAUUAGGUCGUAACAAAAUGAUAGAGCUACAUAGCUAGAACUUGCUAUUUAUCACAUAGCUAGCUAACUACCACUGUUUAUCUGGGAAAACCAGGGAUCUUUUACCAGGUAGAGUGGUGUCACAGGUUGGUGACAAGUGUUCAGCUGGUCAGCAACUCCUGUGUGUUGUUGUCAAUGUAACAAACAGUACGAACAACUCAUCCAGCGUCACUAUGGGCCAGGACAGAGGGAAGUAUGAUUUCUACAUCGGCCUGGGACUAGCCAUCAGCUCCAGCAUCUUCAUAGGAGGAAGCUUCAUCCUCAAGAAGAAAGGACUACUCCGCCUGGCCAGGAAGGGACAGUGCAGAGCAGGACAAGGCGGACACGCAUAUCUUAAAGAAUGUCUCUGGUGGGCUGGCUUAUUAUCAAUGGCGGCUGGUGAAGGGGCUAACUUUGCAGCGUAUGCCUUCGCUCCUGCUACUCUCGUCACCCCUCUGGGGGCCCUCAGUGUGCUGGUCAGUGCGGUGCUGUCCUCGUACUUCCUGACAGAGCGUCUGAACCUGCACGGGAAGCUGGGCUGUCUGCUCAGUAUCUUGGGCUCUACUACCAUGGUGAUCCACGCCCCUAAGGAGGAAGAGAUCAACAGUCUGGACCACAUGGCUCGGAAACUGGUGGACCCAGGUUUCCUGGUGUUUGCCACCUUCGUCAUCAUCGUAGCGCUCAUCUUCAUCGUGGUGGUGGGCCCUCGGCACGGCCAGACCAACAUCAUGGUGUAUAUUACCAUCUGCUCUGUGAUAGGAGCUCUGUCUGUGUCGUGUGUGAAGGGGUUGGGCAUCGCCAUCAAAGAGGCCAUAGCUGGGAGGCCCGUGGUGGGGAAUCCUUUAGCCUGGGUGUUACUGCUCGGGCUGGUGGCCUGCGUCUCCACACAGAUCAACUACCUGAACAAGGCUCUGGAUAUCUUCAACACCUCCUUGGUCACACCCAUCUAUUACGUGUUUUUCACCACCUCGGUCCUCUCCUGCUCUGCCAUCCUCUUCAAGGAGUGGGAGCACAUGGCCGCUGCUGACGUUAUCGGGACUCUGAGUGGCUUCCUGACCAUUAUAGUUGGUAUCUUUCUGCUCCAUGCCUUUAAGGACCUUAACGUGAGUCUGUCCACGCUGGCUGUGUCCAUCAGGAAGGACGAGAGGCCCGGGCCGGCGGCUAACGGAGUGGCAACACACGGCAGCUACGAACUGCUGCGCAAUGACUCCACGGAGAGGGACCUGGAGGAGAGGGAGGUGGGUUUGCCUUUUGACAGCCUGUCCAGGAGGAAUGGUGCCAUGACAGCCUAGCUGGCCGGUCCUGGGCCUGCGGACCCCCCCCCGUAUCCUACUGACUGCCUCUUAGAGGAACUAGCUAACUACCUGGUCCUGCGCCCCCCCGUAUCCUACUGACUGCCUCUUAGAGGAACUAGCUAACUACCUGGUCCUGCGCCCCCCCCCCCCCCCCAUCCUACUGACCGCCUCUUAGAGGAACUAGCUAACUACCUGGUCCUGCGCCCCCCCCCCCAUCCUACUGACCGCCUCUUAGAGGAACUAGCUAACUACCUGGUCCUGCGCCCCCCCCCCCCAUCCUACUGACU